AUGGGCUAUCAGCCUCCUUGGACUUCACCCAUGGAUCUCGUCACUGUACGAUGUGCCAAAUGCGAUGCUAAGCUUGGAACAGUUGCCAACCAAUGGACAAGGGUUGGAAAUUACUACAUCACACCAUGCGAUGAGGAGGGGAGCAAUACACUUCGCGAUCGGCUCUCAUUCAACAAGUCGAGGCAGUCCCGAGCUGGAGGAACGAACUCAAUCGCAGAGGGCUGGAAUCUUCUGCUGACCAUUACAAGUGAAAUACAAUUGAUGUGUUGUGCGACCUGCCGGUCUGGCUCUCAUUUAAUCAACACCAAUGCGCCUCCAGGUCAUGAAUUCUUCGCUGGCCAGGUCUUCUUACGACCUCAGGAGGUGGUAUUUAAGUCGGCUGCCGACGAACGUCGGGUACUGAAACCAAAAAUAAUAAGGAUAUUGCCCAUCCAAAAGCAAAAGAGAGAGUCCGACUCGGACGUUGAUUCUUCAGACGACCUGGACUCAUCCGCCAGCGAUCAAUUUCGCUCCAGCUUCCACAGUUAUGCGCCGAAAAACGUCACCAGUGUAGACAUCUUCCAGCUGCAAGAUGACGUGGCGGAACAGGAGGAGGCCAUCUGUCACAUAAACAAAGUCGGCCAGCAGUUUGUGUCCACGUUCAACGGACGACUCCUCGAGGCUCAGGCAGGCAUGCGCCAAAUGCGCGCCGCGAUUGAUCUCUUGCAAAAGGACGCCGCCUACCGCGCGAAAGAAAUUGCCUCGCUGAAGACCUUUGCACAAAGAAGCGAAACCAAUCAGCAGGACCUCCAGGACCAGCUAUCUUCCGCUCAACAAGAGAUUGUGGCAUUGCAGGCGCAUAACGAGGCAAUGAAGCGGCAGAUGGCAGGCGUACGAACCAUGGCAGUAGACGGCCUCGAGAAGAGCGACGCACAUGCAGAGGAGAUAGGCACCCUGAGACAAGAGGUUAAAAUGCUUCGCUCUGAGCUGGCAGCCAGCCGCGGGCCCCAACAAAUCGUACAGCCAGCGUUUGACGUAUGCUCUUCGCACGAAAUGAGCGUAAUGAGCGAUGUCGUUGUUGAGGACGCGCCCCCGAGUCACAAACGCAAGGCAACGCAUAUCGAAGACGAUGAAGACGAGGGCCUUCAGAACAGCUAG